AUGCUGGAGAGGAUUUUCUUUGUGUGUCUGUUUGUCAGUGUGUCACUGAGCUGCAGCUGGAUGGACCAUAAGUUCACACAGUACAGUGAAAAGUCUUUGUCUCUGCUGGACACCAUGACUAAUAAUUCCACCAACAUCACGGAGAAUGCUGAAGUGAACAGUGUGGCCUUCCCUCAUCAUCUCUACACACAUGCGUCUGCAGCAUCAGCUGAGGACCGGCUUGGUUUCAUGGCACAGGUUCUAGAGGAGGUGGUGGUUGUGUUGGAGGAGGAUCAGAGCUCUGUGUCCUGGGAGAAGAACCCAGUGGAACACUUCCUCAACCUGCUAACCAAGCAAGUGGAAGGCCUGCGCUCCUGUAUUACAAGACAGAGCCACAAGAAAAUGAACAAGAAGCUGCACAUGUAUUUCAAGAGACUCUCACGCAACAUAAAGGAAAUGGGCCGCACUGCUGAAGCCUGGGAACUGGUCAGGAAGGAAAUUAAACUCCACCUCCAGAGAGUUCACCUGCUGGCUGCAUCACUCAUAACUACCUAUUAAAUUAUGCUUUUUAUAUACAGUUUUUAUUUUAGAACUAUUUGCUUUAU